GACUUGUCCACCGUCGAUUGCAAGGUAACUGUCUCCAAGACCGUCGGACAUUUGCUGUUUGCCACGGUGACGAGCCUUGUCCCCCGUGCGAAGAACCUUGUGACGUGCAGUGCGGCCAUUCCAAAUGUACCAGUAAAUGCCGGGAGCCAUGCAUCCCAUGUGCAGAAGAGCGAUGCUUCUCCAGAUGCCCACACAGCGCGUGCACAAUGCCUUGCGCCGCCCCAUGCAACCACAUUCCAUGCUCGAAACGAUGCGAUCAGAAGCUGCAGUGUGGUCACCAAU